AGUGAGCGAGAGAGCGAGGUGUUCGCACGGCUCAGCUUCUCCCAUUUCGCCUGAGAGCGGCAGAGACACAGGAGUGUAGCCCCUAGCAGAGGGGGGGGGGGAGCAUCGCGGAAGCAAGACGCCGCCAGCAAAGUGGUGGGGCAUCAGGGGAAGAGGCUGGAGAAAAAACAGAGCAAAGAAAACCUUUGGGAGAAAUGGUAGCAGCACCCGUGAAAGAGUGAGAAAUAGAAAAAUUGCAACAUCGUCUGUUCGGCUGCUGAAGCUGAGCCCCGGAACCUUUGCUGGUUCUGGAUCCUUCAAGAAAAACACAGGAAAGGCUGCUAUACCUUUGACUGAAAGGGUUUGAGCUCCUCCUGAAAUGUGUAGCCUGACUCAGCAUUUUUUGGGACAUUAGGACCAUAAAAGGGACAACCUAUCAGACUUAUUCAAGAACUAGUUAAGAGUCUGAAGCCCAGUACCAUUUACGCACAGUGGCUUCACAAUGUCCCAGAAGGGCUGUGUGGUCCACCUGGUGGUCAUGCUUCUGGCUGUGGUCCUUCCACUUACUACCCGGGCAUCAGGGAAGCAGCUAGUGAGGACCACCAGGGUCAAGCGACAAGUCCUGGAUGGGGAGGGUCCAAUGGGCAACGACACACUCAAGGAGCAACCCUUCGUCUUCAACCAUGUCUACAACAUCAAUGUGCCCCUGGAGUCACUCUGCUCCAUUGAAUUAGAUUCAACCCCCGGGCGGGGGGCCAGGACUGAGGUAGAGCCCCCCCCACCUGAGUAUGUCGAGCAAACCUCAGACAUGGAUGGUCAAGUCACCUUCACCCAUCGAAUCAGCAUUCCCAAGCAAGCCUGUGCUUGCCCGUCAACCAGCACCAUCCAGCAGCUGGCCAGUCGCAUCGAGGUGCUGGAAAGAGAGGUCUCACUACUACGUGCACAAUGUGGCUCUGGUUGCUGUGGAGAGAGUGCUGCUGUGGGCCGACUGGACUUCAUCCCUCAAUGCAGCGGCCACGGGCGCUUCAGCAUGGAUGUGUGUGGCUGCGUGUGUGAUGUGGGCUGGACUGGCAAAAAUUGCUCGGAGCCGCGGUGCCCGGGUGAUUGCUCUGGCCAGGGUGUGUGCGUGGAGGGAGAGUGCGUGUGUGAUGGUGACUUUGCCGGUGAGAACUGCUCAGAGCCACGAUGCCCCUCUGACUGCUCAGGCCGUGGCCUAUGUGUUGAUGGGGAAUGUGUGUGCGAGGAGCCCUAUGGUGGGGAGGACUGCUCCUUGGGCCGCUGCCUCAAUGACUGUUCAGACCAGGGGGUGUGUGUCAACGGGACCUGCCGGUGCAACCCAGGCUAUCUAGGAGAAGACUGCAGCCUGGCCCCGUGCACCACCAACUGCAGCCAGAAGGGUACCUGCAAGAAGGGUACCUGUGCAUGUCCAGAGGGCUUCGUUGGUGAUGACUGCUCCUUGGUUGCCCCACCGGUGAACUUGCGCGUGCUGGACAUAACAGAGCACAGCAUUGAGCUGGACUGGGAAGGAUCCAUUGUGCUGACAGACUACUUGGUCACCUAUGCGCCCACCAGUCCAGGUGGGGUGCAGCUGGAGAUCCGAGUGCCAGGCAACUUGACCAGCUGCGCCAUUCCGGAGCUGGAACCUGGAAUAGAGUACAACAUAAAUGUUUAUGCUGUGCUCAACAACCUCAUCAGCGUCCCCCUGAGUGCUCAGGUGUCCACAUAUCUGUCCAGUCCAGAAGGCUUAGUCUUUAAAUCCAUCACAGAGACAUCUGUGCAGGUGCAGUGGGAGCCGUUCUCGUAUUCAUUUGACGGCUGGGAAAUCAGCUUCAUCCCCAAGGACAAUGAGGGGGGCAUGACAGCGCAGCUGCCCAGCUCUAUCACCUCCUUCAAUCAGACAGGCCUCAGGCCAGGAGAGGAAUACACCGUUAACCUUGUGGCCCUCAAGGACCAGAGCCGGAGCCAACCAGUGACAGCAACUGUCUCCACUUUGAUUGAUGGGCCCACACAACUGAUGGUGCGUGAUUUCUCGGACACGGUGGCCUUUGUGGAGUGGACCCCACCCAAGGCCAAGGUGGAUCAAAUUCUCUUACGUUAUGGCCUGGUUGGUGUUGAUGGACCCAAGACCACCUUCCGCCUACAGCCCUCCCUCAGCCAGUAUUCACUUCAAGUGCUGCGGCCUGGGUCCCAGUACGAGGUGGCGGUCAGCGGCGUCCGCCAGGGCAACGAGAGUAACGCCGUCACUGCCCAGUUCUCUACAGCGAUCGAUGCACCCAAGAACCUGAGGGUGCUGUCGAAGACAUCCACCACAUUGGAGCUGGAGUGGGACAACAGCGAGGUGGAGGUGGAGGGUUAUCGGGUGGUCUACAGUACCCUGGCUGGGGACCAAUAUGACAAGGUCAUUGUCCCGCGCAAUGAUGGACCCACCACCAGGACCACUCUCACAGACCUGGUCCCUGGAACAGAGUAUGGCAUCGGGAUUUCGGCUCUUCUCGGAGUUAACCAGAGUUCUCCAGCAACAAUGAAUGCCAGAACAGGUCUGGACAUUCCUAUAGAUCUAACUGUGAUGGCAUCGACAGACAACACCAUUUCCCUACUGUGGGGUCCGGUCAGUGGUCCCAUUGACCACUACAGGGUAACCUACACCUCAUCCUCAGGAGUGACCAAGGAGGUGGUUGUGCAUAAGGAGCUGACCACCGCAACCCUAACAGACCUGGAGCCGGGCACCGAGUACACGAUCACAGUGACCGCUCAGCGUGGCAGGCAGCAGAGCUCGGCUGCCACUAUCGACGCUUUCACAGGUUUACGUCCCGUCACGCAGCUGUACUUCUCCGACGUAUCCUCCAACUCGGUGACGGUGGCCUGGAACGCCCCUGCCCCCCCUGCCGACAUGUUCAUCUUGAAUUACAGUCCACAGGAUGGAGGCGAUACCCUGGAGGUUACUCUGGAGGGAUCCAAGACGCAGGCAAUGCUCAGUGGCCUGCUCCCCUCCACCCAGUACUUGGUCACUCUUAUCCCCCUGCAGCACACCAUGACCUCUGAACCCGUCACAGGCUCGGUUGUCACAGGUAUGGAUCCACCAAGGGACAUGGCCGUGUCCUAUGUUACUGAGGACUCUGUGACCAUAUCCUGGACCCAGCCUGUUGCUCCCUUCGACUACUACAAGAUGUCUUACCAGUCCUCUACAGGAAGGGUGGACAAUGUGGUGAUUGAUAAUAACGUGACCAACUACACCUUCAGCAACCUGCAUCCUGCCACCGAGUAUGAGAUCAACCUGACCGCCAUCCAUGGAAGCCAGGAGAGCGAAGUAGCCACAGCUACCUUUUUCACAGCCAUGGACAUGCCCAUGGACCUGAUGGCCUUGAACGUCACCUCCCAGGGGGCCCUUUUGCGGUGGACGCCCCCUCUCUCUAGUGUGGAUGUCUACGUCCUCACCCUCACCUACAACCAAGCGGCGGACACCAUCUUGGUGGAGGGGACGGAACAGGAGCAUCUGCUGAGCAACCUCAUCCCCAGCACCAGCUACUCCGUGGCCCUAUACGCCACCAAUGGCCCGCUCACCAGCGGCAUUGUCAUUGCCAACUUCGCCACGCCCAUGGAUGCCCCCCAGAACCUGACGGCCAGUGAGGUGAACCACCGCAGUGCUCUCAUCUCUUGGCAGCCCCCCAUUGCUGACAUUGACAACUACAUGCUCACCUACAAGUCUGCUGAUGGAAACCGCAAGGAGCUCAUCCUGGACGGAGAGGACACCUGGAUCCGAUUGGAGGGACUGGCCGAGACCACGGAGUACACCGUGAGGCUGCAGGCAGCCCGUGGCCUGGAAACCAGCGCUGUUGUCUCCACCACGUUCUCUACAGGAAACCGGCUGUUUCCCACACCCCAGAACUGCGCCCAGCACCUGCUCAAUGGGGAGUCCCUCAGCGGGGUUUACACCAUCUAUGUGAACAGGGACCCCAGUCAGGGUGUGCAGGUGUACUGCGACAUGGUCACAGAUGGUGGAGGCUGGAUUGUCUUCCAGCGGCGUCAGAAUGGCUUGACAGACUUCUCCAGGAAAUGGAGCGAUUACAGGACUGGCUUUGGGAAUCUGGAGGAUGAAUUCUGGCUGGGCCUGGACAACAUCCAGAAGAUUACUUCGCAGGGCAGAUAUGAGCUUAGGAUUGACAUGAGGGAUGGCCAAGAGACAGUCUAUGCGAAUUAUGACAAGUUUUCCAUUGGAGAUGCCAGAAACCUCUACAAACUCCGAAUAGGAGAGUACAACGGCACUGCAGGAGACUCAUUGAGCUACCACCAAGGUCGUCCCUUUUCUACCAAGGACAGGGAUAAUGACAUCGCCGUUACAAACUGUGCCCUCUCCUACAAAGGUGCCUGGUGGUACAAGAACUGCCACCGCGCCAACCUGAACGGCAAAUAUGGGGAGUCCAGACACAGCCAGGGCAUCAACUGGUACCACUGGAAAGGCCACGAGUUCUCCAUCCCCUUUGUGGAAAUGAAGAUGCGCCCUUUCAACUAUCGUAGCAUCAGCGGCAAGAGGAGGAGGUCCACUGUACUAUAAUCCCACCCUCUGACCCCAGUAGCUUUUCCUAUUUCAAGGGAAGAAGGGGAAAGGAGCCUUGUAAAUUAUUUAGUGAGAAAUGCGAUGACUACAAGAAGUCCAUCCUGCAGAUGGGGAGGUGAACCGGGGGCUGUACCGGUAUUUUAUUUUUAAGUCAUAUGCUCCAUUCCAGUGGUUGGGAGGGUGGGUAUGUGCCCCUAAUGGCUUGCAUUGAGUGUCCAGUAUGUGCCCAGUACCAGCUUAGAGCUAGGCUGAGCUAACACUUUCCCGUCUUUUAGAGAGAGAAUUUUAACAAAAUAGUACACAUCCUGAAAUUAGUAAGAUGUUUCUAUUUUUGUAACAAGAACACGUAACCGAAUCCUGCGCUUUUUUUUUUUUUCCAAGAUGUGAAUGUAGGCCGUCUUUACUGAGCAUUUUGAGUUACUGGACAGAAGGUGUUUAGCAGAGCUUGAUACUGAGUGACUGUUUCUCAAAGAUUACAGCCCAAAAUAUACCUGCUUUUGUACCCAGCUGCCUGACUACCAAAACAGAAUUUAUUCCAUAUUAUGACACAGUAUUAUUUAUUGAAACACAUCCAUGUUUUGGUUAUUUUGAUAAAGGUUUCUUCAAAACUGAUGACAAAUUGACUUGUCCCCAGUAUUGUGCCCCCAAAAGAAAGAAUACAGGAGGUUCGAAACCUUAAACAAACAUGGUUUCUUAUUUGUCCGAAUAUGAUUUCAAAACAUAUUCUAGCGGAUCUGCUUUCAAGGGUACCAGAUGAUCUUGUUGGCAGCUUCAGCUAAAGUUUCUAGAGUUGGUCUCAUUAAUAAAAGUCGCAGAAUCUAGUUUAUUAGCAUGUAAAAUAAAUACUGGAACCCCAAAGCUUAUUUGCACUAUAGGAAACAUAGUAAUUCUCUUAUGAUGAAUUUUGACGACUUUUUGUGUCAUGGCAAAUUGGCCUAAAGGCUGGUGCCUUGGAAUCAAAUGUUGAAUUUUAGCGUAAUUUUUCAGUAGUACAUAUGUAUAUUGGACUCACUAAUUUUGUGUGUUGUCUUAGUUAAAAUAAUGGUUUUUGCUUAUUUUGGAUCUGCUGUUAAUUUUUAUUUUAACUGAGGUAGAGACAGGCUUCUUGCAAAACAUUUUCACUUUACAAAGCAGAAAGAUAAAAAAGAACUGUCCUUUGAGAUGUACUAAAGGAUGGCAUUUCAGAAAGAAUUAAGUUGUCCAUCCAUUCAUUUUUGAAUAAGUCACUACUUUUAGCUCAUACAGGCCACAUUUGUGUCAUUGUAUACUGUAAUCAGCACCUUUUAACAAAAAUAUAUUUAUAAUGUUGUUAAUAUAGUACCACUAA